AUGGAGUGCGUAAUAUGCGAAGAGACUAAAUCAAAAGAAGUCUUUAACUGUGAUGGCUGUAGGAAUCCUAUAUGCAAGUCAUGUGGUGGCCUGUCCGCAUCGGAAGUUAAAGUUAUGGAAUUACGUGGCAAAAGGGUAAUGAGAUUUAACUGCCCAAGAUGCAUAAACCUUGAAACAUGUAAACUUUUACAAGAUGUCAUAGACAGCAAAAAUGCAAAUAUUGAUGACAAAGUUGAAAUUAUAAGCAUGCUAAAAACACAAAUUGAAGAAUUGAAAAAAACAAAUGAAAAUAAAAAUACUUAUGAUUAUGCUGAAAAGUCGUAUGCGGGAGUAACAAGCAGGCCGCCAGCAAAAGACAGGCUCAAUAUCCCAAAUCUGAUUAUUCGUCCGAAACAAAUCCAAGAUGUAACAAAGACAAAAGAAGAUAUUACCAAGAAGAUUAAUCCUUCCGAGUUGAACAUUGGCAUAAGAGGUAUGAGAGCGACAGGAAAUGGAAACAUUGUCAUUAAAUGCCCCACCAAACAGGAAGUUGAGGAUUUGAAAAGGGCAGCUGAAAGCGUAUUACAAAAUAAAUACGAAAUAAUUACAACAACAAUGAUGAGACCAAAAAUUAAAAUUCCCGGAUAUGAAGGCAAUGAACCUAAACAACAAAUUGAGCAGAUUAUAAGAAAUCAAAAUGAAUGGAUUAACGACACAGAUGAAAUAAAGAUGAAAUUUGAUCCUAACUUGCCAACAAAAGUUCAGGAUACUGUACAUAUUUCCACUAAACUUAAAACUAGGAUGCUCAACGAGAAAAUUUCGUUACAAAUGGGAGACAAAAAGGUUUCUGCCGAGGUUUCUGCGAACCACCUUAAAACAUUAAUUGAAACCUUUAGUAAAGAUAAGCACAUGUUAUGUGCAAGCCAUCUCCAGGGUACUGAUAAAAUGAAUUUUGAGGCAAUCAACAAAAUGGCAUCUGAUAAUGUUAUCCAACUAAGAAAGAUUCCUGAUGCUGAGGCAACUUUACAGUAUCUGCUCCUAACACGCUGCAUCCUCAAUUCGUUUUUAGCUAAAGACAUAACCUUGGAAAGGCGUGUAUACUUAGUGUGUCAGCCUUGUGAGAAAUUCUUCCGACAAGCUAGAGCCAUGUCUAGCAAAUUCUCCACUAUAGUGAACUUUUCGUUGUUGGAAAUGCUACGAAGACUCAAAAGAAUACAAGCCUUACAGGAAAUCAGUGCUGAUUUAGGUAUGAAGUUCACUUUUCCCAGGGUAGGACAUGGGAAACUAGGCGUCUCAAGUGCAGUACCUGUUGAAUUUCCCUCUGAGGAGGAAAUAAAAUUCAUUCUUGAGAAAUCAAAAAACGAUGCUAGAAAUGCUGCAAACAGUUCAAACAUGUUAGUGGAGACCUCGGUGGAGACGGAUGUAUGUUUUGAAAAAAUGCCUAUUGUAAAUAGUACUGAGAAUGCAACAAAAAAUUUAAUGAUUGAUGAAGAAGACUCAGAGAAAGAUACAGAGGGUGAAGAAAUUACAAUUGUUUAUGAAAAUCCAGAUAGCUUGAAAUAUGAUGCUGAUAUUUCCUUGGAUAUUUCAGACAAAAUACUAAUCGAGAAGGAGAUGUCAGUCCAGGAAUUUAAUUAUGAGACGUUAAAUUUAAUUGUGAGACGUAAAAUUUUAAGGACUGUUACUGUACAGGCUCAAAAUCUCAAGACAAAACAUGUCUAA